GGAGAAAAUUAUGCUUACAAGAUCUUAUGUAAUUAGAUCAUUAAGACAAGAUUAGUGUUGUGUAAGUACAACAGCUGUCCCAAUAAGAAAGAUUAUUCUCUCUUCCACCAUAUCCUCCUAUCCACUAAAUUAAAUUAAUUACCUCUAAAAUCGGCGCAAAUUAUUUACACUAAGUCCUCAUAUUUCAUUAUAAAUAUUCCACCUUUUCAUUUUCUUCAAACCACUAUCAAAAAUCAAAAUCAGACAAUAUUUCUAAUAUUAAUCCAAAAAAUGGUUAAUUUCAACACUUCACUCGCAACUUUUUUCUUCUUCUUCCUCUUGUUAUCUCGAGCUAAGUCUUUUAACAUUACUUCUCUACUUAACCAUUACUCAUCUUUUAGCAGUUUCAACAAUUACCUAACUCAAAGCGGAGUGGCUGCGGAGAUUAAUUCACGACGGACCCUCACUGUCCUAGUCGUUGAGAACAACAAAUUAUCGCCCCUCAAGGGGAUGUCACAAGACGCGAUAGCUAACGUCAUGCGCGUGCACGUCUUACUCGACUACUAUGACGUUCCAAAGAUGCAAAUGUUGCCUAACAAGACUAUGAAGACGCCUACUUUAUUUCAAACGACUGGUUAUGCGAACAACGACAAAGGGUUUUUGAACAUGACUGAUUUGGGUGUUGGAAGUAUUUCGCUAGGCUCGGCUGCAGAAGGAGAAAGACUCGAAUCGAAAUUAAUUAAAUCUAUUGCGUCACAACCUUAUAAUAUUUCGAUAUUGCAAGUUAGCAAUGUCAUUAUUCCAUCGGGAAUUGAGUCAUCAACACCAACAUCUCCUCCACCUACCCCUGCCCCAAUUAGUAGUGCACCAACAUACUCCCCUGCUUCUUCGCCCCAUGGAUCAUCUGCAGCCCCUGGUACUGGUACUGACACAGGGCCUGCACCAGAAUCAGAGGCUGCCCCUGCCCCUUGUAAUGACGCAGGGCCUGCACCAGAAUCAGAGGCUGCAGAGACCCCUACAGAGGCUUCCCCUGCACCGGCUCCACAUCAUUUACCACCCAAAUCCGAUGCACCAACUGCAGAGACUCCUGCGAGUGGAUCAGCUGAUGCACCAUCUGCUAGUGCACCAUCAUCUGAUGUACCAUCGGCUGGUGCACCAUCAUCUGAUAUACCAUCAUCUGGUGCACCAUCAGCCGGUGCACCAGAGGCCGAUGCACCAUCGACCGGUGAACCGGAAGCCGAUGCAUCAUCGGCCGGUGCACCAGAGGCUGAUGCACCAGCACCAACUUCAACGGGGGAUAAUGCUAGUGCUAGUUCUAUUUUAGGUGUUAGCUUAGUUUUCAUUGCAAUGACUAAUCUCUUUCUCGUUUUAGUGAUUUAG